AUGCAUGGGCCCACUUGGGCCAACAUGAAUUUUUGCACUGGAUCAAAGAGCAUAUAAUAAUAUGGAAACACCAACAACUACACUACACUCUCCCCUAUCCACUUAUAUAAAUCUUUCCCAUCACACCCAACUCGAUAAAAUUUCGAUCAACUUCACCAUGAUGUCUUCCAGCUCGUCCUCGUUUGGCUCUUUUACAAGUAACUCGUACUCAAGGAGACUGCUACUUCACAAUCCAUUGUACAAUCCACCCGCCACGGUAGCAGCUGCGCCAAUCACAGUGGCGGGUCGCAAUUCAUCCCAGCCCCUCAUGAGUGAGAGAACCUUCAAUGCCAAUGUCGCCAUGAUCCUUUCCAUCUUCCUUUGUGCUGUAAUUUGCGCGCUGGCCCUCAACGCAAUCAUCAGAUGUAUACAAAGGUGCUCGAACCAAGUGGCCAUCCGGUCUAGGGAUCGGGCCUCAAUGGCUUGCCUAGCCAAUAAGGGUGUCGAUAGGAAAGCUCUCAAAGCCUUCCCGAAGCUAACCUACUCGACGAGCUUGAAGCUGCCUGAGUGCACCAUCUGCCUCUCGGACUUCCUCGAUGGUGAGCGAGUGCGGGUCUUGCCCAAGUGCAACCAUGGGUUCCAUCUCAGUUGCAUCGACAAAUGGCUUUCAUCACAUUCGUCUUGUCCCAAUUGCAGGCAAUGUCUAGUAGAUACAUGUCGGAAGAUUGUUGGCUGUAAUGAGGGUCUGGAUCCAUCGGAGCCGUCGGAUGCAUUGCAUUCGGUCAUUGUACCAUUGGAACCUGAAGGUUUGAUAAAUAGUUAUCGAAGUGUUUUUUAGUUGUUUGAAUUGUGUAUUGAUGUUGUCCAUACAAGUGUAUUUGUAUAUAGAAUGAAGACCCAAUCUUUUUCUGAA